AAAAAUCUGUGCUGCAUCAGCCACGACUGGAGCCACGGCUCUGGUGGGCGGAGUUCCGCCAUGGCUGAAGGCAUGAUGGAGUUGGAGGAUGAGGGCGAGGCCGAAGAUCUGGAGGAGUUGGGCUCGUUGAUCUCCUUCGCGAACUUGGAACAUGUGGUGAAGCACAUCAUCCGAAAGUUCAAGGCCUUGGAGGCCUAUAACGAGAGCAACGACGCUGUCAUCAACAGCCUCAAGGACAAUUUGGAGACGCGCGCCACCAUCUUCGGACUGGAGGAGGCAGCCAAUGAGUUGUCCGCGCGCUUGGACACACAGCAGGAGAGCCUCCUCCAUGCCAAGGAAAACAUCACCCUUUGCGAGGAAGGCAUCGACCGGCUGAAGGGCAGCCAAACUCAGCUGGAGAAGAAACUUGACACUGUGGUGAAGGAGAAGGCAGUGCAAGACCGUUUGAUCAGGGAGACACAAGACGCGCUCCUGGACAAGGUCUCUCUGGCUGAGCUGAACAUGUUCGAGGCCAAGUUCGCUGGGUACACCACGAAGUUGGAACAUCAACAGAUGCUCAACUCCCUGAGUGACUACGCGACCAUCGACCUGGCCGAGCGGAUUGCGGAGAACAUGAAGGUGCUAUCGUGCCGCUUCGAUGAUUACACGCGGACGGCGAAGCUGGAGCAACAGCUGCAGGAAGUCAGGGAUUGGGUCGAAGACGAGCUACAGUACUACGCCAAGGUCGCCAACACCAACGCGCAGUUUGAAGAGCUGGCGGUCAGCAUCAAGGACCAAUCGUUGCUCUUCGAAAGCGCCUACGCCGCCACCAACGAUCAGCUGAGAGGUCUCUCGGACCGCUUGACGGCGAUGUACUCGGAGCUGGUCAACGAUCUCCAGCAGCGCGCCAUGUAUGACGACCUGCAAGAGACGAAGAACAGCCUCAAGAAGUACGCGCUACGCGCCGAAACGGACGCCUUUCAACAGGAUUGCGUGCCGAAGCUGCGCUUCUGCGUGGAUUCCAUCCGAGCCUUCGAUGAGCGGCUCCGGGCGCAGGAUGAUGCCAUCCAACGCGUGGAUGAGGUUCUUCUGGACAAGGCAGGGAAGUAUGACAUCGUGAUCAUCAACUCGCGGGUGGAGCAGUGUCUUCAGAAGGAAGCGGCCAUGAAAGAGUUCCACUCCAUCUAUGACAAGCAGGAUCGCUUCAAUGCAAGGUUCGAGGAGUACGUGGAGCAAGAGAGCAAACACCUUGACAAGUUCCGGCCUCCGGACUAUGGGCCCUACUUCGAGGAGCUCAAUCAGAAGGUUGCCCUGAAGGCAGACAAGGCCGAUUUGGUGGAGAUGUAUCAGCUCAAGGCCAACCGCAUCGAUGCAGAUGAGCUCGCCAAGCUCCAGGACACAAUCCAUCGGCAGUUGGAGUACUUGGCGGUGACGACCUUUGGUCUCUCGAAGCUUUGCCUCGCCGAGGUGAAGCAGGGCGAAUCGAAGACCCUGCGGAUGCAGCAGCGGACGCAGGUUCUCAUGCAAAGCGAGGCGCUGUGGCAUUGGAUCCUCCACAAUGAGCCUCCACCGAACCUGGAUACUUUGAGACCGCCACCGAAGAAGGGUGCUGCUGAGGGCAACAACACAGAUCCCGAGAAGGCUGAGAUCAUUGACAAGCAGAAACGGACCAUGGAUGACCACAAGAGGAAUCAGCUGGAGCGGAAGCUGGGCAUGACCGCCUGACGGAGCAAAGUCUCAGCGGCACGGUCAGCGAAUGGUGUGACACCCCGGCACACCGUGAUUCUUGUUUUGGAGAGCCGGGCAUCACCGGUCACCUAGCCGUCUUUGCAAUGGCUUCCCGGCACAGAAAGUUGGGUGACGUCCCAAGCUUCGGGGUGUGACGUCACCGACGUUGCGGGAGAGUCAGCCUUCAUCUUCUCUUGGCGCAUUCACGCCCUGACGGACCCGUCCACCGUCCCAUCCCUUCAGUCUCUUCGCUCCGAGUCUGACUCCGUCCGUUUCACCACGGAAAGACUCCGCGUUUGUGGCGUCCUGAGGUGCAAGACGCACCUGGGAAGUAUGGUUGUGGGUUGCAAGAUCAAUACGCUUGGUGAAC